UUCAUACUACUUUCUUCUAAAAAAACAAGCUUAUUCAGGGCAAACCACACUUGAGAAAGUAAAGACUUUCUAUAUAUAUUUCAGAUUUCAAUAAUAAUGUCAAAAAUACAUAGCAUGAUUUUAUAUAGGAUUUGUACUACAUUAGAACAGUAAAGACAAAUAUCACUUAAGUUCUCUCAUAAAAAGGGAGAAGAAUGAAACCAAUGCCAAUUGUCACUGUGUGGAAAGAUAAACUUUGGACCCAGAGGUUGACUUCCUGGAUCAUAAACUUUAAGUGGCAUUUCUGUUUCAGAAUCCAGUUCCUGAAUGCAACAAUUUGACCCCUUGCUAUAAACCUAUUAGGAACAACAAUAUCACAACACACAUCUUUCCUAGAGGCAGGGACCUAUUGCCGCACAAGCACCGACAAACAAGAAUUUCCUGCCUGAUGCCUGUAUUCAUUUGAUAUUUAUCAUAAUGCAGCAUUCUGACUCGUAUCUUUAGCAAAGACUGUGUGGGCUGUCAUUUGUGCACACACCUCUUCCCUCUUUGUAUGAUGGCAUGCUACUUCUACCCAUCCCCAAAGCUCCUCCUUUGCAUUACUCCACACGAAACACCCAUGUGGACACAAAUAUAUCAGGCAGCAAUGAAAUCCUCCUCAGAGUCAUUGGCACCUCUGAACAUUCACCAUGCAUGCCACUGGGAAAAUGAAGAUGUGGGCACUUCUCCUCUUGCUACAAGCUGUCUACAGCCUGGUCUCUGGAUCUUUAUAUGGUCCCCCUGAUUCCUGCAAAGGGCGUUGCAAUGAGAAAUAUAACUCCAAGGAUGUUUGCCAUUGCAAUAAUAAAUGUGAAACAUAUCAAAACUGCUGUGAUGACUACCAGAGCUAUUGUGGACAAGGUAAUAAAGAGAAUAAAGAAAUGGAUGGGUUUUCCAGCAGUGAUGACGCAAUCACCAAUGAGGAACUGCAACAAGCAUCUGAGCAACUUUACCAAAGUGACACCAACAGAGCAGAGGAGUCCGACAUCAUCCUUAACAAACAGCAUCUGGCUUCAAACACUAAAGACCAGGAGGAUGAGUCCCCAAAACCGCUCUUCAAAUAUGUCAAUCAAGAGAAGCUCUUCUCUAAGCCAACAUAUGCCAGUUUCAUUAAGCUCCUGAAUAACUAUCAUAGAAAGGUUGGGACUGGAGAAGAAUUCACAGCCGACCAGCUAAAAGAGCAGGACAAUUUCCUCCAGGAAAUCAUGAAGACCAAAGUCAUGAAAGAACUUUACAGAUUCCUUCAUGGCAAAAAUCGUUACGAGACUGAGUCAGAUUUUGUUGCUGAUCUGAAGAAGAUGUGGUUUGGACUUUAUUCUCGAGGAAAGGAUGAGGGUGAUUCCAGCGGCUUUGAGCACGUCUUCCUAGGUGAAGUCAAGAAAGGAAAAGUAUCUGGAUUUCAUAACUGGAUUCGUUUUUAUCUUUUGGAGAAAGAGGGUGUCAUUAACUAUUUGAGUUACAAUUAUGAUGGCCCAUGGACUUCGUAUCCAGAUGUGCUGGGCAUGCAAUUCAGUUGGGAUGGAUUUUUCAAGGAAGUCGGCACAGCUUUCAUUGGAAGCAGUCCUGAAUUUGAAUUUGCCCUCUAUUCACUGUCUUUCAUUGCUAGGCCUGGGAAACAGUGUCGCCUGAAAAUUGGGGGCCAUAAUUUGGGGAUCCAGACACAUACAUGGGAUAAGUCUACUUACGGUAAUGGGAAGAAGUACAUAGCCACAGCUUAUGUGGCAUCCCCAUGAGAUGGCAAUAUCAUGUGUGUGUAACAUCCUGAAAUAUUGGCUGCAAUCCAUGCGACUCCAACUGGACUGUCAUCUCCACCAGCAGAUUCUCUGGAAUGGACCUCUUCUCUGAUAAUUCAGGACUGCAUUAAUGAUUGUUUGCCCAAGUCUUGUGGAGUCUGCCUCAGGAUGCUGAGACUGGAAGUCUAUGACCCUUUGAGUCUUUAUGGUGACCAUGGAAUAAGUUACAUCAUGCUCUAAGUGUACACCAUUCUGCACAGAUGACAUCCAUGCUUGACUAAAUUGAGGGAAAAUGUCUAAGUGAUUUUAAUAGAUCAAAUAACAGAAAGUCACAUGAGGAGGAGGGAAAUGCUGAAGAUUCUUUCAUCCAAAGAGAAAAUCUGGUAUUAAAUGGAAAUUCCCAGUUAGACAAAACUUUUAAAAUAUUUCAGGGGGGAAAAAACAUCCAAAAUAUUUUUGAUAAGGUGAACAAAAAUUCUUUUAAAAGUAUUAUACUCUGUUGCUGGAAAUUAAAAGGGUGAAGUUGACAAAGAGACAUACACUGCCCUAUAAUCCAGUUUAAAGCAGAUGAUCUGGAUUCAGAAACUGGAUUAUAUAGCAGUAUAGAUGGUGCCAUAGAGAGAUCUUGUUUCAUUGGGAAGAGCAACCAUGAAGAUACAUGAUUAACAGUGCAACUUAUGACAAGUGCCACAUCUGAUUCUUUCUGGGUGAUCUCCAUGGUGAUGAUCCAUUUCCUAGAUGUAUCCCUGUUAGGCACAGGAAUUUACUUUUUAAAUAAACUGCUAGGCAUCCCUAAUGGUUCAAACUGAAAACAACAACCAUCUUUUCAAAACUGGAAAUGGACCUCUGAUCCCUUUUUAUUGCUUUUUCCCCUUUCACUUUCUGGUAUGUAAGAAAAGUCAAUGUAUAUCCUGUAAACUUCAC